AUGUCUAACCUCCCAUGGUGCAUUAUUGGGGAUUUUAAUGAUCUAUUGUCUCAGGCUGAUAAGAGGGGGCUGCAUCCGCACCCGAAUUGGUUGUGUUCGGGUUUUCAAGAUGUGGUGGCUGAAUGUAAUCUUACCGACAUCCCGUUGGAGGGGCAUCCGUUUACAUGGAUUAAAAGUAGGGGAGCAGAACAUAUGAUUGAGGAAAGACUUGAUAUGUCGCUUGCGGAUCCGAAUUGGUUACAUAUCUUUUCGGUUGCUAAGCUAACAAAUCUGGUGGCAACUCAUUCUGACCAUAGUCCGAUAUUGCUUUGCUGUGAUCCGGUGGAUAAUCGACAAACGAGGAGAAGCUUUAGGUUUGAGAAUUGGUGGUUACAAGAGGAGGAAGUGGUGGAUGUGGUGGAAAAUAGCUAG